AUGAGGCCUGUUGGGGAGUUCUGGCGGCAGGUGGGUCUUGGGGUGAGGUCGAAUGAAGCACGAGUCUGCAAGGGUGCUGGCGAGAUCACCAGCCACCCUUCUUGGGGCUGGAGUCAUGACAUGGGGGUGGCAGGUCUGCACCUGUUGGCCCAGAGCCCCCAGGGCUGGAGGUUUCAGGGUCCCCGGCCGCCAGCGCCGGCUUCCCCGGUGCCCAGCCCGCUCCCCGCAGCUGCAGCGUGGCCUGAGCCGGAGGACCGCAGAAAGAGAGACAGCCUGGACCAGAACCAGCUGCUCCGCUACCUGCAGCUGACCCUGAGCCGCGAGGAGCGCCUGUGGCGGGCGUGCCGCCCCCAGACUGAGAUCUGCCAAACCUUCCAGAACCUCGUGUUGUGGCUCCUCAACGUCGAGAACAUCUUUAGCUUCAACCAUGCCACCAUGAACCUGGCUCUCACUAUCUUCAUUCACCUUCUGGCCUCCGUGAAGGUAAGAGAGCGCUUACUCCAUAUUGUCACAGUUACUUGCUUGAGACUUGCUGUCAAAAUCAAUGAAGAAGAGGAGUCAAUCCCAUGUGUGAAAGAUUUCAUAGAGCACUAUGGCCCCGGCUAUAGCCCAAAUGAGUUGCUGAGAAUGGAGCUGGCUAUUCUGGAUACUCUGUACUGGGACCUCCACAUGGGAACGUCGCUGGACUUUUUGAUUACAUUCCACACCCUGGUGAUCCUGAAAUGGCCCCAUGUGGAAGAACUGUUGCCUCAGAGAAAUCCUUCUCUCCACGUCGAGUCCCUGACCAGGCAGCUGCAGCACUGUAUAGCAGGCCACCAGCUACUGCAGUUCAAAGGUUCCACACUGGCUUUGGUCAUCAUCACCUUAGAGUUGGAGAGGCUCACACCCGACUGCUGUGCUCCUACAUCUGAUCUGCUAAAGAAAGCACAGGUUGAUCCUGAACAGUUCAGCCGCUGUAAGGAACUGGUAAAGCAGCUCCUGCAAAGAUUACAGAGACAACUCUGA